AUGUCCGAGCGGCCUGGAGGGAAAUCGUCCGCCAACUGGAAAUUCCAGAUGCGACCUAACAACUACGACGACACCUUCUUGAUCAUUGUAGAACUAGCCGUCAGCGCAGAGUGGCAGAGUGAAAAAGUACAGAAAAUGCUGAACACUUAUUACGACGUGCAGAAGGUUCUCUACGUUUUCAUUGCCAUCGUUGGAGUUCCCGUGAAUUUACUGGCUAUUCUGAUCCUGUCACGGGGGAAUUGCGGACUUUCCACCUGCACCACUCGAUACCUGGUAGCCAUGGCAACGGCGGAUCUGCUCGUGAUUAUCACUGAGGUCAUUUUGCUUCAGAUUAAUUACUAUUAUUUCCCAGUCAGUUUCCUGGACAUCACACCAGUGUGCAUUAUCAUCCGCAUACUACCUCGUGCUGCCACGGACUGCUCCGUCUGGUUCACGGUCACUUUCACCUUUGACCGAUAUAUCACCAUUUGUUGUCAGAAGCUGAAGAUAACAUAUUGCACCGGUAGAACUGCAACUGUGGUUCUGGUAACAGCCGGCACUUUCCUCACUCUGAAAAGCAUUCCAUUCUACUUUGCCUAUGGACCGAGAGAGAUCAUUGACGAUAUACCGUGGUUCUGUCGAUGGAAACCAAGUUACUUCACCGAACCUGGAUGGGUGGGAUUCGACUGGUUCGAUACGGUGUUAACUCCCUUACUUCCUUUCUCUGUAAUUCUGCUCUUGAACGCUCUGACAGUGAGGCAUAUAUUAGUGGCAAGUCGGGUCCGUAAGGGUCUGAGGGGGCAGAGCAACGGGGAGAACCGCACUGACCCAGAGAUGGAGAGCAGGAGGAGGUCAGUGGUUUUGCUUUUCACUCUCUCCGGCAGCUUCAUCCUCCUGUGGCUAACGAGCGUUCUAUUCUUCAUGUAUUAUCAGAUCACAGGACUGGAGUGGACUGACGCCGAGUUUAUCUUUUUGCAAAUGGGCACUCUGCUGCAGAAUUUCAGCUGCUGCACCAACACAUUUAUUUAUGCGGUGACUCAAUCCAAGUUCAGAAAGCAGGUGAAAGCUCUGCUGAAAAAUACGGUCACCUCACUACUUCUGAUCACUCAUAAACCAUGA